AUGGUUGAAGCACCGCCUAUUCUCGACAUCAGCCCCUUCUAUGCGAGCGACGAGGCUGCGAAGGCGAAGCUCGUAGAACAAGUCCGCAAUUGCUGUCUACACAAUGGGUUCUUCCAGAUCGUCGGCCACCGGGUGCCGCUAGAACUUCAGGAAGCCUUGCUGAAGAACGUCAAGGACUUCUUUGCCCUGAGUCCAGAGGACAAGAAGAAGGUCCACAAAGACAAUACGACAUGGAACAGAGGGUACGAGAGCAUUGGGUCACAGAUACUCGAGAAAGGCACCAAUCCAGAUCUCAAGGAAGGCUUCUACAUUGGCGAGGAAAUAUCGAAAGACCACCCUUACUUCGUCGAAAAGAAGCUCAACUCCGGACCAAAUCAAUGGCCUCAAUCACUCCAAGACCCGGAGACCUUCCGAAAAGUGUCUAUGGAGUACUACCACGCCCUCCAUGGUCUGGCGCGCGAUGUUCUUGUAAUACUCGCCAAGACCCUUGACCUAGCCGACGACUUCUUCUCUGAGUUCACAGACGGCGCCGUUGCAACACUCCGAUACUUGCACUAUCCUCCACAGCCGGCAGAUUCUGAUGAGAAGCUCUCCAGAGGCAUUGGAGCACACACCGACUUCGGAUCAGUCACACUACUGAUGCAAGAUGAUGUGGACGGACUGCAGGUCUAUGAGAAGACCACCAACGAAUGGCUGGAUGUAGUGCCGACCAAGGGCGCAUACGUUGUGAAUCUCGGAGACAUGUUCCAACGGUGGUCAAACGAUCUCUAUAUCAGCAACGUCCACCGAGUCAUCAACAAGUCUGGCAAGGAGAGAUAUUCUGUCCCGUUCUUCUUCUCAGGAAAUCCGGACUACACAAUUUCGUGUCUGCCGAAUGUUCGCAAAGAGGGCGAGCCAGCCAAGUACGAAGAUAUGACUGUGACGGAAUGUGUUGGUGGUGCAUAUAAACGGAGCUAUGGUGCGGCAACUGCUCAUAAUGCGCAGAGGGAGAGAGCGGACGUGUCUUCAACUGCUCAGCCGAUUGCCGUGUAA